GUUUCCAUUCCAAUCACGGUCGCGAGUGGAAAAGCACGAUGAAAAGCCUGUGCGGAGCCUUUUUCCUUUUCGUCGGGGCAAGCUUCGCGUUUGCUCCUUUUUGCGAGGCCAGCAGCCACGUUAUUUUGCACGGACUGGAGCGGCAGCAGAGAAGCAGCAUUACCUACAGUUGUGAUGACCAAGCCUAUUACGAUGAACUUGCCAGAUCGAGACAAGCGGCAUGCAACGCAACCUUGGCGAACGAAACGGCCCUGCCCCUGCAGACGAAGAAUGAAUGUUUGCAGAACAAGCAGGAAUUAUCGGAAUUACAAAGGGCGAACCUAGAAACGUGCUCGCUGGCCCGCAGCGAGCAAGCUAUCAACUGCAGCAGAGAUCUGGGGGCUUUAUCUUUGCAGAUCAGUGAAUGCAAAGCUUAUUGCCCAGUUGCACCCACUGCUUUGAGCUUGACUGUUUUGUCAACGGGCUCAUACUAUAUCAGCUCUGCUAGUGAACUGAAGAGCUGGUUCAUGGCCGACAAGUUCUGCAAGUCCAACGGUCUGGAGCUGGCCAGCGUCGAGACCAUUGAGGAAAGCGAUGCCCUGAUUGCGGCGUUCGGGUCAAGCUCGGACAGAUUUUGGCUCUCGGGCACCGACUUAGGCAGCGAGGGUGUUUUCUACUGGAGCGGCGUCGGGCAAUUCAUAGACGCUUUCUGGUAUUUCGAGGACGGCCAACCGGACAACGCUAAUGGCAAUGAAAACUGCGUCCAAUACUUUGUCCAUCCGGAUUUUAGUGACGCAACUUACAAGUGGAACGACCACGAAUGCAAUGCGCCAUUUAGAUUUGUUUGCGAGCUAGAAUCUACAAAAUUAUAAAAAAAUAAAACGCAUUAUCCGACUCCUGGAUAGGUUUGAAACUUAUUAA